CCUUCCCAUUUCCAAUUUACCCAUUCUUCCCCCACCACUCUUAAUGAUAAAUCCCAAAUCUAAAUCGCUGUUGGGUUGGCCCCCCUUUUUUCCCAAUUGCAAUUGGCCCGCAAUCCUUCCUCCCCUCCCACUCAUUUUUCCCCAUGGCAAUUUCAAAAUCACAAUUGCCUAUCCACAUUUCGAAUUGACCCCUCUCCAAUUUGGCCCCAAUCCUUCUCCAACUCAUUUUCCCCCACGGCAUUUUUCAAAUCACAAUUGCCCAUUCACAUGUCGAAUUGAACCCUCUCCAAUUUGCCCCAAUCCUUCUCCAACUCAUUUUCCCCCAUGCCAAUUUCUAAAUCACAAUUGACCCCCAACCCUCUUCCACUUCCAAUUGGCCCCUUUUUUCCCCCCAUCCCCACACUCCAAGACAAUUUUCAAACCAAAGUUGCAUUACCAUUUUUUACCCGCAAUCGACCAUUUCAUUCACCCAUACAUAUUCUCUCAUCAAAUGGCAAUUUACCAAAUGCAAUUCUUUGUCUUUUUCAGUUCGUUCAUCAUUUUUUUGCGCCAUUUUACUUAAUCACUUUAGAUAUGUCUAUUUCUUCGAAUAAAAAUCUUUCUUUCUAUAAAUUCUACAACUACGCAUUCAUUUCUCUGAUAGACUGGUUUUCACUCUUGAUGUUGUUAAUGUAAGAAAAAUAAUCCUUGCGUUUAUGGCGUGUCUGUAGUAUAGCGUGUCAAGGCAGCUUUAAAAUUUUACUUAUUAUCAUAAUUUUUAUUGUCUGCCUUUUUAGUAAAAAUUUUGAAACUAAAAAUUAUUUAUUUUUGUCAAUUUAGUGGAUACUGUAUAAAUAUAGGCUUUUUAAAAUUAAUUCUUUUUUUGCUUUGUUGAGUUUUAUGUUUUCAUAUAAUAUGUACUUUGAACAUUUAAUUGUAAUAGUUAAAAAUUAACUCAAUGAUUAAAUUUUUUAACAAUGUU